AUGGACUCAGCAAACUCUCCAAUUCGUAAAAAGAUAAGAACAGAGCAAUCAGGUUCUGUGAUUUUAAAUGAAAGAGAUCAAAAUGUGGAGUUAGAAAGAACUCUUAGUCAAAUUUCAAUUGCAUCUUCUAUCUCAAGUAUUGAUGAAGAGAAAAAUAACAGUGAGGAAAAUUCCGAUGCAAGUGAUAACGAUGAUAUACAGAUUAAUAGAACUGAAGAACAAAAGAUUUUAGCUGCCAUCAAUAAAUCAACAUGUCUUGAUGGAACGUACUUUAAGGUUGACAAGUCAAAAUCAAGUACAGUAACAGGAGAUGUUGUUGCUGUAUGUCAAUUUUGUAAUCCUACGAGAGCACUUAAAGGAAAAUUUACAAUUACUUCUAAUUUUACAACGCAUUUGAAGAGAAAACAUGCAAAUGUUUAUAAUGAAUAUUUAGAAUAUGCAAAACAAAAGCGACAUGGUGUGGAAAAUACUUCCGUUAUUGAUAGAAAGCGUUGGUCGUGUGUUUUAAAUCAAGAAGAAUUUGAGCAAAAUAUCACAAAUUUUGUAUUAAAGUAUAUGAUACCAUUCAGAGCGGUUGAAGAUCCGUCUUUCAGAAAAAUUUUUGAUGAUUUCAAAAUAAAGAGAGGUGAUACUCGGUUAAAGCACUUGACAUGUUACUCUUUGGCAAAAAGAGUCGACAAAAGUUUUAAGGAGAUGUUACAAGAAAUUGGUGACGCAAUGAAUUCGGUGAUCAACGGUGGUGGGUUUGUUUGUACUACGGCUGAUGUAUGGACAGGAGGAUCACGCAGAUAUCUAGGUGUCACAGCUAGUUGGAUACAUCCUGAAACAUUGGAAAGAAAGUCGGCUGCACUUGCAUGCAAGAGAUUCUCAGGAACGCACUGCUUUGAUGCUAUUGCAGAUCUGUUAUCAAAAAUUCAUGUUUCAUUCAAGUUAACGCCUGAGACAAUAAGAGCGACCGUUACUGAUAACGGAUCUAAUUUUAUUAAGGCUUUCAAAGAAUUCGGUAUUGCAAUUCCGAAUGACCCUUCUAGUAUUGAUACUCGAGAUGAGUACGAAAAUAACGAUGAUGAUUUUGACGUUAGCAUAUUUGACGAGGAUGUUGAUUUUGAUGAAAAUUGUAUUCAAAUUGACAAUGAAUUUAGCAAUGAGUGUGACGCAAAAUUACCUCGGCAUAUCAGAUGUGCUAGCCACACAUUAAACCUUAUAGCUAAAACUGAUGUUUUGAAAGCUAUACAAAAUUGUAAACGAUUAUAUUCAAAGCAUAAUAAUGUCAUGCUCAAAUGCACAGAAAUAUGGAAGUCGUUACGUUCUCCGAAAUUUAAUGAAAAUUUGAAGGCAUACCUUGGCAUUGCACUUCAACGACCAGUCGUAACUCGCUGGAACUCGAGUUAUGAUUGUAUCAAAAAAUUAUUGACUGUGAAAGAGAAGCUAUUGAACAACGAUUCAAUUAAAUUCAAAAAACCCUUGAAUGACUUAGAUUUUCAAUAUUUGGAAGAAUAUGUGCGAUGUGCUGCUCCUCUCGCAAAUGCUAUUGAUCGUUUACAAGCUGAUAACUGCUAUUACGGUAUUCUUCUUCCGACAUUGGUGUCUUUAAAGCAUCAAAUGAAUAUGUUAACAUUUAAUGAAGAUGUUAUUGACUGUAAACCAAUGAUUGAAGCAAUUGUUGAUGGUGUUGAUCGUCGUUUUGAGAAAAUUUUCGAUUUUUCACAACCCGAUAUCGAUGCAGUCAUAGCUGCUAUUUCUCAUCCCCAAUUCAAAGGUCGUUGGCUAGUACCAUAUUCACGAGAUGUGCAAAAAAAUAUUCAUGAACGCUUUCUUGCAGCAGUAUCUCAAGAAUCGUCAUAUGAAGUACAAAGCUCUGUCAAUCAGAACUAUGACGACGAUUUUGAAUUUGGACACACCAAUUUGACAAUCGAUGAGUUCCAACCAUCUCUAUCUCAGGGAGAAUUAACAGCAGAAGUUACGCGUUAUUUAAAAAGUAAGGAAAACCAACUCGAUAUGUUGGAAAAUUAUCCAUCGAUUCGGAAAACGUUUGUAAAGUAUAAUACACCGUUGCCGUCAUCUGCUCCCGUGGAAAGGAUGUUCAGUUAUACAACUAUGAUGAAUUUACCAAAAUACAAUCGACUUAAGGAUGAGCAUUUUGAGCAACGAGUAUUAUUAAAAGCAAAUGCAGGAAAAAAGUACCGUUAA